AUGCCGUAUCUGGUUUUGUCCUUAAAUUAUGGCAUGCAGAUUGGGAGAACUAUGAGUCUAAACACUCACUCUUCCCUUAUCGCUGAUAGAACUCUAAUUAUCACUUGGUGCAAGCCCCCUCCUGUUUGGGUAAAGCUAAAUGUGGACGAUUCAGCCAGGGAAAAUUCGGACGAAGGAGGUGGAAGAGGCAUAUGCAAAGACCACCUCAGCAACCUAAUCUUUGCCUUCCAUAACAGAUAUGGCCCUGUCUCUAACAUUGUGGCUGAGGCCCGUGCGCUUGCUGAUGGAUUGAUCCAAUGCAGGGACAGAGGGUUUUCGCAGAUCAUGGCUGAAACUGACUCUCGAGUAGUCUUUGAUGCGGUGACUAAUCCAGACAAAUCAGGAAGCUGGAACAUUUGGGAAGGCAACUUUGUAGUUGAUGGUCUGGCUAAAUUGGCAAGUGGGGGUGCCCCAAACAAGCUCUAUCUCAUCCAGGAUGACCUCCCCAGGCCCAUCAGAGGCUCCAUUCUUUUGGACAGAUCAAACUUUGGCUCUAUCAGAUUAGUCAAACCAAAAACAGGGAUCGGCUGA